GACCAGAGGUUCAAGUCCAGGUGAGAGCGGGAGUCAGUCAGACAGCUUCUGUACACGACAGAACACACGCAGCACACAACAACGAGCUGGCAUGUAGUUCACGAAAUAAAUCUCUUCAUCAUGAAUUCAAGCGGUGGACUGAAUGAAGAUAAGACUACUAUUUUAUCUUGGAUAUACGUCUCGACGUUGAGUUUAAGUCUGAUAGGUAGUUGUUCUGUCAUUGUGGUCUCCAUCAUAAAGAGAAGGCAUCUCAAUGAACAGGCAAAGCCUCUUCUUCAGCUGGCACUGGCAGAUUUCCUGGCAUCGCUUGUUUUGAUGAUCACCGCCAUUAUUAAUUUACCCCAUGAAAUCUGGUCGUUCAGUGGAGCGAUGUGCAACUACGGAUUGCCUUUAUCUUUGGCCUUCUACUGCGUCUCGUUUCUGCUUGUCAUCAUUUAUGCCUGUGAGUCAGCACAUGCGUUUCAGGGAUGGAGGGAAAAACCAGUGCAGGAAGCCUUGGAAACCCAGUUAGCACAGUUAACACUCAGAAGGAGGAGGUUUUGUCUGAUCUAUGUCAUUGCGUGGUUUGUACCAAUAAUUGGAUACUUUGUCUACAUUCGUACCGUCCAUUACAUGGAAGCUACUGUUACACCAGCACAGAUACCAACCGUCAGCAGUGGGCCCACCCCCAGGUUCUGCAACAGCUGCAUUCUCUUCCUGCAUCUCAUAAAUGACUCUUGCAUAACAGUGGAUGCAGCUCAUGCUAAGUUCAUUCAAAUUUUCACACUGAGCAGUGUGUUGACGGUCAUCAUCGUCUGCACAGUGGUGUACUGUAAGUUAGAGAGCUCUUAUAGGCGCUAUGAGAACACAAGUCUGAUCACAAGGAUACAGAGACAUCCAGGUGGGAUUUGGCCUUCGGCUCGAUAUAUGAUCCUUGUUAUCAUUUUCUGCUGGGCACCAGCUCUGCUUCUCAUCUGUCUGUCUUUCGCACAACCUAGGAUAAAACAUCUCUUCCCUCUCUAUGUCAUACAGGCGCUGUCAGUGUCACUCCAGGGUUUUCUGAACAGUAUCGUUUACGCAUGGAGACGACGUAAUUUCAGAGACGCCGUGCUGGGAGAACGUCUGCCUCUCAUGGACUAUUCUAAAACCUUCUUUGACCAAUCAUUAAAUGAGCCAUCAUGAGAUCACAGAAAUCAUGUACAUGUGUGUAAAAACAUAAGUUUUCUUUUACAAAUAUGUUUGCUUAAAUGUUUUCUAUUUAUUUUUAUAAAUAUAUUUGUGAUAACCGUUGAUAGAAAAUGUUAUAUAUUUUGCUGCCCGCUGAACAGUAGUCUACUUAAAAUUUAUAAAACAAUAGUUUAGAUUAUUAGUCUCGAAAAGACAAAUUAUUAGUUGAUUAUUUUCAAACCAUAUACAAGAGUGAUAUAUAGUAACUGUAUAUUUGAUAUAUAAGAUGUUAAACUGCAGUUUUGUUCAAUAAAUAUCUGUGUACAGCCA